CGACAAUUCCGGCGCUGACUUAUUGAGCUUUUACGAUACAAAGACACGAGCAUUUGGCUCGGAAUAAGACUCUUUGCAAAUUUACUGCCGAAGCUUUAAUAUUAAGUCUCACCGCGCUCUGCUUUUCCCUCCAGGCCGGCGUCAUGUGUCCUCCACCGCAGUGACUAAAUAUGGGCUUCCUCCGCCCCAUAUAUGGACAUCUACGUCACGGAGAGAAGGUUUAUAAGCCGCGGGAAACCUUUCGGCUCAGAGACAGCCCUGAGAGCCCACAAGAGCAACUAUUAGAGCAGACAGGGAAACACAUAGACCUCCCAAACAUCACAAACAAAAGUAAAAAGUCAACAAACAUCAAAUCCAAAAGGGUUAAUACCCGACUGGAAAAAAAUAUAUAUAUUAUAAAAAAAAAAAAAAAAAACACAAUCAAGCUCUAUUUUGUUUAUUCAUUUUUGCAAAUGAGUAUAAAGGACACUUUUGAUUUUUUCCAAAAAAAACCCCGGCACGACAAAAAAGACAACUGGAUCUUUUACUCGUCUCUGAGACAGAAGGGACACUGAAAGGACAAGCGGCGCUCCAAGAGGAUCGAGCACAGCACAGCAGCAUCCAUCAGCAGACGGAGGGAGCCGUGCGGCUCUUCCCUUCCAGCCUCCGGCUUCCAGUCAGCAGCAGCAGCAGCAGCAGAGGAUGGCUGCGGCCAAGACCGAGAUGAUCCUCCCGACCCUGCAGAUCUCUGAGCCCUUGAGCUUCCCUCACUCCCCCAUGGAUAACUACCCCAAGCUGGAGGAGGUGAUGAUGCUCAGCCCGGCGGGGACACCUUUCCUCACAGCCUCCGCGCCCGAAGGUGCCGGCUUCGGCUCUGGGGAACCGGGGGAGCAGUACGACCACCUUGCUGGAGAUACGCUCCCUGACAUCCCCUUCAACUGUGACAAGUCGGUGGGGGAUCAGACCUACUCCACCCCGCGGCUGCCCCCCAUCUCCUACACGGGCCGCUUCACCCUGGAGCCCGCCACCGCCUGCAGCAACAGCCUCUGGGCGGAGCCUAUUUUGAACCUGUUUAGCGGCCUGAUGGGCAACGCCACUUCCCUGAGCACCUCGUCCUCGUCGUCCGCCCCGACGUCGUCCUCUUCCCCGUCGUCCAGCGCCUCCUCGUUGCAGAGCUCCAGCCUGACGUCCUCCGUCCACCACAGCGAGCCCAACCCCAUCUACUCCGCCGCCCCGACCUACUCCAACCCCAACUCUGAUAUCUUCCCAGACCAAGGUCAAGCCUUCUCCGUCCCCAACGCGGGCGCCCUCUACCCUCCCCCUGCCUACCCUAAUGGUAAAACCUGCGGCGCAAGCUUCCCCGUGCCCAUGAUCCCUGACUACCUGUUCCCUCAGCAGCAAGGGGAGAUCAGCCUGGUGCCGCCCGACCAAAAGCCAUUCCAGAGUCAGUCAAGCCAGCCCUCUCUCACCCCUCUGUCCACCAUCAAGGCCUUCGCCACCCAGACGGGUUCCCAAGACCUGAAGAGCGUCUACCAGUCCCAGCUGAUCAAGCCCAGCCGCAUGCGCAAGUACCCCACCCGGCCGAGCAAGACCCCGCCCCACGAGAGACCCUACGCCUGCCCGGUGGAAACCUGCGACCGCCGCUUCUCCCGCUCGGACGAGCUGACCCGCCACAUCCGCAUCCACACGGGCCAGAAGCCCUUCCAGUGUCGCAUCUGCAUGCGCAACUUCAGCCGCAGCGACCACCUGACCACGCACAUCCGCACCCACACGGGCGAGAAGCCCUUCGCCUGCGAGAUCUGCGGACGCAAGUUCGCCCGCAGCGACGAGAGGAAGAGGCACACCAAGAUCCACCUGCGGCAGAAGGACAAGAAGGCGGAAAAAGCCGGGGCGCUGCCGGCGCAGGCACCCGCGUCGGCGCCCUCGCCCGCCUCCAGCUACCCCUCGCCCAUCACCUCAUACCCCUCCCCGGUGUCUUCUUACCCGUCCCCCGUCACCUCCUGCUACUCUUCCCCAGCUCACGCUUCCUAUCCGUCUCCUUCCAUCGCCACCACCUAUCCGUCGGUGUCCAUGUCCAGCACCUUCCAGACCCAGGUAGCCUCGCCCUUCUCCUCUUCAGUGGUCUCCAACAGCUACAGCUCCCCCGUGCCCACACCACUAUCAGACCUGCAGACCACUCUCUCCCCAAGGACGAUUGAGAUCUGCUAAGUUUCGGAAAGGGACGGCAUCCACAGACUGUUAUUCCCCCCUUCAAAUAGAAAAAAGAAGCACUUUUGGGACGGCUCUCUGCAGCGUCGGGUUAAUACUCACAUCUAAGGACCGGACAAGGUUUUUGUUUUCUGAGAGUUGAAUCCAGCGCUGAGGGGUUCUCGCCUAUCAGGUACGCGCGGAACUAAAAAAAAAAAAAGAGAGAAAGUGAAGAUUGCCAGCAGCUGCAAUGCUCCAGCGCGUCCUAGUCGGCAUGCAAACAGUACAAGAGACUCUGACUGAAUAUACAUAAAUGUAUGUUUAUUGUACCCGUGCCAUGUUUUCUUCUUAUCACUCUUCGCUAUCAUUGAUGUGAACCACAAUUUGCAUAUUUGUAUUAUUUGAAGUGAGCAAGGCUUUUUUUUUUUUUUUUUUUUUUUUUUUUCUUACUACAUAGUGACGAUGCUGUGGUGCGUUUUGUUUGGGGGGGGGAAAAAAAAAAAAAAAAAAAAAAAAAAAAGCACUUAUGUAUUCAAGCAUGAGUAGGCGUGAUGUUAGUUUCUGUUUGUAAAUAUCAUCCACCGGUACUCUUUUUCUCUCUUUCGCACAUGUGACAUAUCGCUCAGUGGUGUGGACAAACAGAGAAAAGAAAAAAAAAAAGAAAAAAAAAGGACGAUUGCUCCGUUAUUUGGUGCCUUUUUUCCGGGGGGGGGGGGGGGGGGGAAGCCAUGCUGAUGUCGUGGAUCGGGAGAGAGGAUGCGCUGCAUCCGGCCUUAAGGACGGAGGGAAUAUUUUUGUUACAGAAUGUAAGUCACAAUGAAGGGAGAAAAAAGGGAUGCAUUUGAUCAGAAUGUAAGCAAAAAAAAAAAAAAAAAAAAAGAACAUUUUAAAGUAUAUUUUUUAUAAAAGUGUAAAUAUUCGCAUCUUUAAAGAGCCAGAAUGUUAAAGUUACCUACUGAGUAGGCAUGGGAUUCCUCUUGUAUGUUCUAUACAUGCAGCUCAUUAUUUGGUGGUUAUCUUUAUUUUGUAUUUGUGUUGGUUAUCAAACAAGUGACUGUUCCUGGCUUCUGAACACGAUGAAUGCGCUUAACUGCCAAUGGAGAUAUUUGGUGUACACGAUAUCCUCCCAGAAAUGAAAUAUAAAUAAAAAUGUGAAUAUA